AAAUCUUUAUAGAUCUCAUAUAGCUGGGGAUUUUAUUUUAUUUUACUACCGUAGAUGUUUUUUUGAGUCAAUCAGAACAACAAUGUAUAACGACAUGGACUUUGACGUGGCCGCCAACGACAUUUCCGAGCAGGUGGUUGUAAUACGUGAUCCCGAGUUGGCAAUGACAAUAGAAAAAUGGGUGUUAAAGCUGACUGCGGAGAACCGGGGUGCGAACGAGCUUAAGUACCUUCAACUAUUGCAGUACAUGAUGGCCCGGGGGCGGAUCAACGGACCAUUCGUGAGGGAUCCACCGCCGGGUCCACUGGUGCCGUUAAGUCGGUACGUAAAUCCGCCUCCCUGCAGUGGUCAUGGCCGGAGCAGUGGCGGGGUCGAGUGUUGGCAGACGAGCAACUGCAGCAGAGCCGCGCAGACCAGGUGCAACGAAAUGGAUGAGUGUGACUACGGAGACCAAGAAAUCGAAGAUCGGGAUAACGACGCUAUCGACGAAGAAAUGGCAGGUGACAGGUCUGUCCGCGAUGAUCGUGAGGCCGUUGGAGACUUGCAUAGCAACGACGGGGAACUGCCACGCUUGGAGGAGAUUGGUCCAGACAGCGGGGUGCAGGAAAAACGGGACGGUCAUUUGGCGGGCGGUGGUGGGGGAGAAUGCCGUGGCGGUGAGAAGAGCACCUCAAAGAAAAACCCGUUCGCCAAACUUUGUGACCCGUGUUUGGACAAUUUUGGAAAGCACUUGCUUAAGAAACUCCCAGGACCAAUGGAUUCAGCUUACAGGGAUUUGCUGGGAGACUGCGCACUGCCUGUGCUCACUGAAGCCGAACAGAAGACCGUCUGUCCGGAGAUGUUGCAGAUUUUGGAGAACGUCAAUGACGCCACCACGUUACAAGACUUUUACUUCCAGGUGGCGCUUUGCACGUGCGACCAGGGCGCGCUAUUGAUGAAGUUAUCGGACGCCAUGGUGGACGACUUCAGAACGUUCGUGUCCGACGUGUUCGAGAGCCGCACGGAACACAUCAGCGACGGUUUGGCCAAGGAGCAGAUGGCGCUGUGCGAAAAAUACGCGUACCUGUACGACCGGACGUUGAACCGGGCAACGGUGGCUCUGGAUUUCCUGAAGGAAGCUAUGCCAGUGUUCAGCUGGCACAAAUACCAGGCGGAACCGGAUGAGUUCUUGAAGCGGACGAUACUGCGACGGGCGGCGGUCGUGGCCGCAUCAUCCGGGGACGCGGCUGCCGACGGCGACGGAAGUCCGGCCAAACCCGCUCCGGCUACCGACGACGAUAUCUUAGCGGCGGCCGGCGGAGAGGACGACGACAGCGCCCAGCAUUUGGUCACCAAGAAGCUGCUGUACAGGAUCAACUGGUUGCGGACCGAAGUGAGUCGGGUGGACUGCGAGGGACAGCGGCUGUCCGAACAGCACAGCGAACUGACGGUCAGCCUGGCCGACCUCAACCGCCGCCUGUCCGACGUCCAGUGCCGAUCGUCCGGCGACAUUGACCGUCACAAAAACGAACUCACAGUGCUUCGGAAACAGUCGGCCGACCAGACGGCCAUCAUCGAUCGGCUCAUGGAGACCAUACAGUUGACCAUGCAGGACAAGCAGCCUUCGUCCGCCGGAUGUUAGUAGCUCCCGCCGUGACGCCGCCGACCAUGAUUUAUUUUAGUGUCCGCUUCCCUGUACCAGCUGUAUUGACCAUUUCACACGACUCGUCCAUGUCUACUAUACAUAAUUUAAUAUUUUAUUACUUGUGCUUUCAUUUUUUAAUCAUAUCUUUUAACGUUUAUCGUAAAUCAUAAUAUAAAUCCGUCCGUCAAAAUCACAUUGAUUUGUUAAAAAUAUAAAUAUUGUUUUUAUGUCUCUGUACCUACACUAGUAUAAGUACUAAUUAUAGUAGGUACUAGUUUAAAACCGUUUACCUAAUCAUCUCCCAUAGUCCGUCCCAUGUAUUUAGGCUGUUUGGUUCUGUAAAAUAAUAACAACAUUUUACGAAAUAAAAUUAAAUAAAA